GGCGUGUACACUGGCUCAGGGACACGCGCUCUCGGCCACAGCAACUGGCUCCAAGUUCCCUCCCUCGCUCUCCGGCGAAGCCUGCCUGAGCCCUCCCACUCGGUGCAGACCGAACCAUCGCGGCCGCCGCCAGCCCGGCCCUCCGCGGCCGCGCGUCCUGGGCCCGUUCCGCCAGCCCCGUCUGCUCUCUACCCGCGGCCCCGCGGCGGCGACCGUGAAGACUCGGCGGCCCCUACAGCCCGCUCUCGGCCCUCCGUCCCUCGCGGGCCCCGACUCUCCCUCCUCGCAGUCCCCCGGAGCCUGGCGCCCGGCUCGGGCCGCACCGCCAGGGACUGGGGUGAGCGGCCCAGAAAUCUCCAAAUUGGACAUCCAGAGCAGCAUUCUUGUUCUAUCUACGUCUUGAAUUAGAAACCACCAAGGCUCUGUAAGUCCUGAAAAGGAAAUAAAAGCAAUUUCCUGCUGCAGAGAGCAUUUUAAGAAAGGACAGUGUUCCUGUGACCUCUGCCUACCAUCCAUAAAAUACUCAUUCCCCUCUCAGGGCAAUUUCAGGAAUAGGAAGAAGGAGGAACAUAGAGCCUCAGCCAGCAUUGACGUGGGUGACACCUUCAGAACGGUUGUAGGAGCACAAAAAGUCAGCCUGAUGUCACUUGCUGGCAGGCCUUCACUUCAGAUCUGACCUUAAACAACACACAGAACCUCUCCUUUGGCUCAGAUCCCAUAUUCAGGACCAAUGAAUGAAUGAAUGGAAGUUUGAAUCAGUUACCAACUAGCUGCAGAGUAAGAACAGAAGCCUCAAGAAAGAUGAAAAUCCAAUUUUACAAAUUUAACAUAAAAUUUACAGGAAUAAAUUUUUGCUAUACAAAUCUAGCCAUCACGAGAACCUAUAAUUUAUUCCAUUUAGGGCUUACAAUUCUCAAUUCCUGAGGCUGGAGAACAGAUUGUAGAGCAUCAGGAAUGGUUUGCUAACUCAAAACCAUGUCAAGCUUCUUAACACGACGCACACAGCAUUUGGGGGCUGCCUCCAGGAGUGUAAGCCUGGCUGCUCCCUCAAGACCUAAAGAAAGCAAGUGAGAAGCUCUGCCUACAGUUGAACACAAAGACCUGGAGGAGACUCCCACCUCCUUCAGGGAGAAGAAAGGAGGCAGCGAAGCAGAUUAAAGGAACUUGUGGCUUGUGGCCUUUUUGUGCAAGGGCUGCCUGGAAGGGGAGAAAAGUGCAUGAAAGCCACCGUGGCGGUUAAUGAGCUGUGAGAUGAGGCGCUGCUGCGGCCGCUGCUGCUGACACUCGCUCCCAGGCUGCACCCGCCGCCCUUGGCGCUUCAUGUACAUGUGUCUAUUCAGGCCGUGCGGAGGCGCCCAGAAGAGCAUCCAACACGGCUGCCGGGGAAAGACCGCCCACCAUGCCCACGGAGACCCUACAGACAGGUAGCAUGGUGAAGCCGGUCAGCCCCGCGGGCACCUUCACCUCUGCUGUGCCCCUGCGCAUCCUGAACAAGGGGCCAGACUACUUCCGCAGGCAGGCCGAGCCCAACCCCAAGAGGCUCAGCGCCGUGGAGAGGCUGGAGGCCGACAAGGCCAAGUACGUCAAGAGCCAGGAGGUGAUCAACGCCAAGCAGGAGCCCGUGAAGCCCGCCGUGCUGGCCAAGCCCCCAGUGUGCCCGGCUGCCAAGCGCGCACUGGGCAGCCCCACGCUCAAAGUGUUCGGCAACCACGCCAAGACCGAGAGCGGCAUGCAGAGGGAGAACCUGAAGCUGGAGAUCCUGAAGAACAUCAUCAAUAGCUCCGAGGGCUCCAGCUCGGGCUCGGGGCACAAGCACAGCUCCCGCAACUGGCCGCCCCACCGGUCGGAAGCCACUGACCUGCACCGUCACUCCUUCGCGGAGUCCCUGAAGGUCUACCCCACGCAGGGCCGCAGCAGCCCGCAGGAGGGCGGCUCCCACGUGGGCAGGAGACUGCUGGAGCAGUCAGCCGAGUCCUUCCUCCACGUGUCCCACAGCUCUUCGGACAUCCGCAAGGUGACCAGCGUGAAGCCCCUCAAGGCCAUCCCCUGCAGUAGCUCUGCCCCUCCCCUGCCUCCCAAGCCCAAAAUCGCAGCCAUCGCCUCCAUGAAGUCCCCCGAGGCCGACCCUGUGGAACCAGCUUGUGGAGUCAGCCGAAGACCCUCCCUCCAGCGGUCUAAGUCAGACUUGAGUGACAGAUAUUUCCGAGUGGACGCAGACGUGGAGAGGUUCUUCAACUACUGUGGACUGGAUCCGGAAGAGCUGGAAAACCUGGGAAUGGAAAACUUUGCAAGGGCUAAUUCUGACAUAAUAUCCCUCAACUUCCGCAGCGCAAGCAUGAUCAGCUCAGACUGUGAACAGUCUCAGGACAGUAACAGUGACCUUAGAAAUGAUGACAGUGCCAAUGACCGCGUGCCGUAUGGCAUUUCUGCCAUCGAAAGAAAUGCUAGAAUCAUCAAGUGGUUAUAUAGCAUCAAACAAGCUAGAGAGUCACAGAAGGUCUCCCACGUGUAAGACAGUGCGUGGAAAGGAGGGAGCGUGGGUCUCUGUGCUUACGCAGUUGUGAAGGUUGUGAGGUCUCCUUGAAGUGUUGUGAGCUUCUCCACUCUUUGUGUUGCUUGUUGUGCAAUGUUUUCAAGUUGCAUGCUUGUCAACAUGGGGACUGACCUGGCUUCCACGUCACCAUCGCUACAGAGCCUGGCUGAACAAGUGUCAUCUGCCAAAAGUUUCAGGCCAGAAUCUAAUUAGGGCUUUGCUCUUAAGCAAAACUGUUUACAUGAAAAUGGUAUACAACUUCUUCGAUAUUUAUGUGGUUCUUGUGUUUUUAUAUCCCGCGCUAUUGUGUCUUAAUUAAAAGUUUUAUCAACUGGCUUUUAAGUUGAGAGCAGAAUCUUUUUGAAAUAAAAAGCCACUUUGCCUACAUGUGAGACUAUUCCAAUGGGACAGUAAAUGGGAUCUGCUACCAAACAGAUAAUGACUGACCGAACAUAGAACCAGGCUGGGUUUUCUGUGGAAUAAAGUGGCGAGCCUGACGUUAAUCAUUUACAUGUUGAAAUUCUCUUGCCACUUAGUGAAGCAGUCAUUGGGGUAACAAUGCUACGUUUUGUGUCCGAUUCAGUGUGUAAAUGUUGGUGGUUCUAUGUAAUACUGACCCCAAGGAAAGACGAUCAGAUACAAAGAAGGAUGGUUAAAUCUAGGAGGUUGGGUGUUUGGGGGUUUUGUUGAUGUUGUUCUGAUUUGGGAUAAUUCAGAAAUUUCUAAUAUUAUCUUUCGACAGAAUGGCCACCCUAAAACAAAUACUGAAUGCCUUUAAAAAAAAAAAAAAAAAAAAAGUUGUGUUUUUUUUUUUUUUUUUUUUGGUUGAGAACUACUAAUUUCAUGCUGUUUCUUUCUCUCUCCCUUUGUUGUUAUUUGAUUUGGGGAAAGGGAGUGAGGCUUGUGCAGAUUUGAGCUAUCUGAAGACAUGAACAGAAGUGAAAAUACCAGCCAUAUCAGUAGAGCCUCCCAUUCAAAAGUGAACACACUUGGUAGCUGAACCAUAUCUGAGCAGCGUGAUUCUGUUGUCUUGCAUAUGUUAUUCUCUCAGGCUGUGGGUCUUUGUUACAGCUCUAGGAAACUGUAGAAAUACAAUGCUAUGUAGCUUUUCCACCCCAUGGUCUCUAGUGCUGCCUAUCAACUUGUCCCCUUUUUUCCCAAUAACCUAUCUUCCAGGUGGUACAAUUAGCUGUCACUCAGCUGACACCAUGAUGUGGCAGCAGAGAGGGAAACCUACAAGUGGUUUGCCUCAUUGCCUUUGCCACAUCUGAAGUUCUCAGCAGCACUACCUUAGACUUCAUCAGCUAAUAGGAAACUUUUUAUGGUGUAAAUGCUGUAAGACUUUGUACAUACUUCAGUUGUUACGAAAUCUUUAAAGAAAAAAAAGAAAAAGUUACGCUAAUAAAUUGCUGUGGUGCAGGCA